GUGCGGGGCUCGGAGCGCGGAGCGGUCGCUCCCGGCGCGGGGCCGCCAUGGCGUGGCCCUGCAUCACCCGUGCCUGCUGCAUCGCCCGUUUCUGGAACCAGCUGGACAAGGCGGACAUCGCCGUCCCGCUCGUUUUCACCAAAUACUCGGAGGCCACCGAGCAUCCCGCCGCCCCCGCGCCCCCGCCGCGCCCCGCGGCGCCCAUCGAGACCCAGCCGGGCGGCGAGGCGGCUGCGGGGGCCGGGGGAGGUGAGCCGGCUCCCGGUCCCGCCCGGCCCGGCCCGGCCCCGCACGCCUCUCCCCCGGCCGACUCGGUGAUGCGGCACGACUACAAACCUUGGAAGGUGCAGCGGCCGGAGCCGAGCUGCAAGCCCAAGAGCGAGUACCAGCCCUCGGACACUCCCUUCGAGAAGGAGACGCAGUACCAGAAGGAUUUCCGUGCCUGGCCCAUCCCCAAGCGGGGCGACCAUCCCUGGAUCCCCAAACCGGGACCUUCCCCCGUCCUGGCCCUGGACCGCGCUCCCCCAGAGAAACCGGCUCAGGAGAAGCGGCGGAAGGUGCACCUCGCUCCCGAGAAAAAGGAGGAACACCCCGAGGUGGAGGAUGAGCAUCCCAAAACAGUGCGGCCCGGGGAUGGGAGAGACAAGGGUCGGAAGAAGGCGGAGGAGGCGGGCGGGCAGCCGGCGGAGCCGAGCAGAGGCCGGGCGGCUGCCGAUGCUGUCAACAGGCAGAUCAAAGAGGAGGUGGCGGCGGGGGUCAGCUCUUCGUACAGAAAUGAGUUCAGACCCUGGAUAGAUGUCAAGCCGGUGAAAGCGAUAAAAGCAAAGCCCCAGUACAAGCCACCAGAGGAGAAAAUGACCCAUGAAACCAGUUACAGUGCUCAGUUCAAGGGGGAAACCAGUAAGCCUUCUCCAGCUGAUAACAAAUACCUGGAACGCAGAAGGAUACGCACUCUCUACUGUGAGCCCUACAAAGAACCUCCAAAGGUGGAAAAGCCUAGCAUAAAGCCUUCCAAACCAAAAAAGACCACAACAAGCCAUAAACCCUUGAAAAAGGCCAAAGACAAGCAGAUUGCAUCUGGCCGGGCUGCCAAGAAAAAGAGCGCCGAGACCUCCAAUACUGCAAAGCCAGAAGAUAAGGAGAAAAGUAAAGAGAUGAACAAUAAACUGGCUGAGGCAAAAGAGUAAAUGUCACUGCACUUUCUUUCUCAUUUUUUUCCUUUUCUUUCUUUCUUCCUUCCUUUUUUAUUUUUCCCCCCCUUUGAUUAAAUAAAGGCCACAAAAUUAAUUAGAGGCUUCUAAUCUGCUUUUUGUUCUGAUUGUAUUAGAAGCUUUUCUGUUUUAUUUCCAAGGAGGAUUAGGAAAUCCUUGUUUCUGAGGUCAGGUUGUUCUGCUUUGCCUGCACAACACGGCUCUGCACAGAGUGAGGGAUGUGAGAAUGUGUAAGCAGGGUCCUAAGAGAUGAAGGUGAUGGAUCAACAGUGAUUACAUCCAACAGCUUGUCCCUUUCCUUGGGCUUGGUUCUUCGGUGCUUUGACAGCGUGGAAGUGCCCAUUGAGCCAAGGAAGGGCUGUGCUCUCAUCCCAUGAGGCCUUUUUGGGUUGGCCAUUGUUGUCAUCUCCCAUUGGUGUCAAUAGGUAAAGGGUUUGGAGGCAGAGAGGAUCAGGUUCGUUCAUGGUGCCGUGGAUAUGCUGUAAAUACACCAAAAUCAAUGGUGUGGCCAAGAAUGAUUUCCCCUUUUGACA